AUGCACCAAUGUAUAUGGGUACUGGCAGCACUGCUGUGCGCGAUACCUGCCUUGACAGAGAUAUCCCCCGAGAAUACUUCUACACACACGAAUAACUGGGCUGUAUUGGUGUGCACAUCACGGUUCUGGUUCAAUUAUAGACACAUUGCGAACACUCUGUCCUUCUACUACAUGGUAAAGAAAAUGGGUAUUCCGGAUAGUAAUAUAAUACUGAUGCUGCCCGACGACAUCGGCUGCAAUCCUCGCAACCCCUUCCCAGCCCACGUGUUCAACAACGCAGCUCACAAACUCAACGUAUAUGGCAGUAAUGUCGAGGUGGACUAUCGAGGAUACGACGUAAGCGUGGAGACCUUUAUCCGUCUUAUGACUGACAGGCUGCCCGUGGGCACCCCGCAGUCGAGACGACUACGUACGGACAAGGAUAGCAACCUGUUGGUAUUCCUUACUGGUCAUGGGGGUGACGGCUUCAUCAAGUUUCAAGAUGCCGAAGAGCUUACUAGCCAAGAUGUAGGGGACAUCUUCCAGCAGAUGCAUGAGAAGGGGCGCUACAAUGAAGUGCUGUUCAUGGUGGAUACGUGUCAGGCGGCCACACUCUAUGACCACGUGCGCUCUCCAAAUAUAGUCAAUGUGGCAUCGAGUGUUCUGGGGGAAAGUUCCUAUUCGGUCAAAGUGUCCGAUUUCUUCGGUGCAGUCCGACAGGCGCAAGUGUCCUUUGCACACACACACACAGCUACGCCGAACAAGCAGGACGAUAGCGUCAACAAAGAAUACGUUGACGUGCAGGUGCACAAUACGGUACAUGACUCAAACCCAGCCCAACACUCUGGCCAUCAAUGCUCAGCAGACACUGUUGCCAACGCAAGUGACAGUUCGGUACGUGCGAACCUGCUCACCGCUUACUCUGUCCAGAGCAAGAGCCAAUGGGCUGCGUCGCUAACUGUUGUGGGUGGUAUGGUAGGCCUGUUCAUAGUUGCGGCGGCUCUCGACACCCACGUGUUCUGA